UUCAUAUCUGUUUUAAUAUCAUUCAAAUCAUCCACACUUGAUCCUCUCUCCUCUCUCUCUCUCUCUCUCUCUCAGAACGCAAUCACUUUGCUGCACGAUCAAGUCUUCGCUUGCCUCAGCCUGUUAAUUUGAAAGAGACAAAAGAAUCAACUCGAUUCCAGUACCUUAAAUAAAUAAAUAAAUACUUCCUUAGCAAUUUUUUCUUGUCUGUUUAGUUUUGCUAAUAAAAAACUCAAAAGUCUUCGCCGCUUAUUUCUCUGACACUGUUUUGUCUGUAGACUGUAUGUAACUCAACCAGGGCAUGGCUGUUCCUCGAAGAGAUAAAGGGCAAUCACUUAGCGGAUCUCGAAUCGCCUUAGCCGUUGUGGUUGGUGUUCUUCUUGGCUUCGUCUUUUCUGUGUUAUAUCCUCAUGGGUUCUUCAGCUCCGAUCUGGCUAACCCACAUCGUCGGAUUGCUAAUUCUAAUCUCCAGACUGGCUCAUCUUCAUGUGAAUCACCAGAGCGAAUUAAAAUGCUGAAAGCUGAUAUUGUGUCGAUAUCAGAGAAGAAUGCUGAGUUGAAGAAGCAAGUUAGGGAGCUAAAUGAAAAGCUGCAGCUGGCGGAACAAGGGCAAGAUCAUGCUCAGAAGCAGGUUUUGUUACUGGGUAAACAGCAGAAAGCUGGUCCUUUUGGUACCGUCAAGGGUUUGAGAACUAACCCAACUGUUGUUCCUGAUGAGUCUGUGAAUGCUAGACUGGCAAAACUCUUGGCGGAAGUUGCUGUACAUAAGGAGCUCAUUGUUGCACUUGCAAAUUCAAAUGUGAAAGCCAUGUUAGAAGUCUGGUUCACUAACAUCAAGAAAGCUGGUAUACGCAAUUACCUUGUUGUAGCAUUAGAUGACCAUAUUGUAGAUUUCUGCAAGUCAAAUGAUGUUCCAGUGUAUAAGAGGGAUCCGGAUAGCGGUAUUGAUUCGGUUGCAAGAACAGGUGGUAAUCAUGCUGUUUCUGGAUUGAAGUUCCAUAUUUUGAGGGAAUUUUUGCAGCUGGGUUACAGUGUUCUUCUGUCAGAUAUUGAUAUAAUAUACUUGCAGAACCCAUUUGAUCAUCUUUAUCGUGAUUCAGAUGUUGAAUCUAUGUCUGAUGGCCACGAUAAUAUGACAGCUUAUGGAUUUAAUGAUGUCUUUGAUGAACCUGCCAUGGGUUGGGCUCGUUAUGCUCAUACAAUGAGGAUAUGGGUUUACAAUUCUGGAUUCUUUUAUAUAAGGCCUACACUUCCUUCCAUUGAGCUUUUGGAUCGUGUUGCUGGUCGUUUGUCUAGAGAGCCAAACUCAUGGGACCAAGCAGUUUUCAAUGAGGAGCUUUUCUACCCUUCACAUCCUGGGUAUGACGGGCUCCAUGCUGCAAAAAGAACAAUGGAUAUAUUUUUGUUUAUGAACAGUAAGGUCCUUUUCAAGACAGUAAGGAAAGACCCCGCGUUGAAAAAGUUGAAGCCAGUAAUUGUUCAUGUAAACUACCACCCAGAUAAACUUAGAAGAAUGCAAGCAGUUGUGGAGUUCUAUGUUAAUGGGAAGAAAGAUGCAUUGGAUCCUUUCCCUGAUGGUUCUGAUUGGUAGGGAUACUUCUACAACUACAGCGAGGACUGUGAGAGGUUUAGUUUUUCUCCCACAGACCAUUUAACUUGCUAAGUAUUCACAUGAUACAGGUAGAGGUUGAUUUGAUUACAUUUGAAGAGAAAUGUGAGAGACCUUUUCUUUGAUAUUUUGGUUUUUGUUUUACCUGCAAUUAAUGGGAAAUAUUCUUCUUUCGGUUUUCCUUGAAA